UUUUUUUCUAACUUACUACUAUCUAUGUUUCCAAACACUACUAUUUUUUAACUACUAUUCAUGUUGCCAAACAAUCUCAAUGUGUACUUCAACUUUAAUAAUAUAGAUAUUAAAGCCGGAUCAGUACGACCGCGCAUAUAUUUUUUAUUUGUUUUCGUAAUGUAAAUAAAUGUUUUUACACCAUUAUAUAAUUUAUAUAAUUUACUAUACAAAUGCUGAAAUAAAUAAAUUAUAAUACAAAUAUUUUUGUAACAUAAUUUCCAUAAUAGGCAUGAAUUUAUAAAUAAAAAAGCAAACGCGCAUUUGAUUACACAAAAUUGAAAAAAGAAAAAAAAAGAAUAUGGUUUGUUUAUCGUAUGUUUUAAUUUGAACCAAAGAAAUAGGAAAUACUAAGAUUUGCUAGCUUUUUUAUGCUUGACUAUGGGAUCCAAUUAACAGUUUGUACGUACUUCUGUUUGAAAUCGAUAAAGGCUAAGAUUUUGUGAUUAUUCCAAAAUUUGUGAUUGUUCCCAAAAUUGUAGGUGUAAUUGAGUUGUGAUCUUCCAAAUUCCCACACAAAUAACUUAAAAGUAUAAUAUUUUGGGAGGGAAUUUAUAUAAAAAAGCAAUGAAUCGUACAUAUGAAUUAGCACAUAAUAAUUUUUUCACUUUGACAUAUAGAAGUAAGACCUUAUUAAAAUCUAUCCAAGCAUGAGCUCAUAUUUUCCAACGUGUUGAAUUAUUUAUAAAAUUUACAUAACUUUUCUGUUGAUUCAGGUUAAAUAAAGUAAAAGAAAUUAUUAUCGACAUAUAAACUAUCUUUUAUUGUUGAUAUUGGAAGAGAACGGUAAAUGAAAUAAUUUUCUACGUGGAGGAGUUAUCGUCGUUUUAGGUAGGAAUGAUCAUUUUAGGAAAAAAGUUAAUAGCUGAAAAAGACAAGAAUUUUUAACGAUAACUUAAUUAAAUUUUCAGUGGCAUUAUAUAACUCUAAGGGCUAUUCUUUGUGUGUACUUUUGUUUUAAUAAAGUAGAUUCACAUAUAAUCCGAAAUGGAAUUUUAAAAACCAAUGUUUUUAAAACCGGACCUGCAAGUGAACCGGAAAUUCUUUGGGUCAUGGACCAAUAUGGUUCGACCGGUUCAAUUCGGUUCAACCAAAUUAAAUUUAUUGAUAUGUUGUAAAUAAUAUAGGUAUUAUUUUUAAUGAUAUGUUGUAAGUAAUAUACUUAUUAUUUACAAAACAUCAUAUCAAAUAAAAUAUUUCAGUAACCAAAAUGUUUUAAAAACUUCAAAAAAAAAACAAACUUAAAAUGUAACAAGAAUUUAUAAAAUAAUUUAAUAGUUCAAAUCUAAAAUUAAUAUGAAACACACAUUUAAACUUCAUUCUCCAGAUCAUAAUUCUUCUUCACCUUUAAAACAAAUCAUGGAAACUAAGUUUUUAUUUACUCGUGCAUUAAGAAGCAAGAAUAAGUAUAAUGCUUUGGUUUUACAAAAUUUGGAAUUUCAUGAAUGUUGAUGUUUGAAUUAUUAAAGUCUUUAACACAUCUGAUCAUGUAAUAAUAUUAUAUAAACUUGAAUAGAGAUGAACUGGCUCAUUUAUAAAUUUUACCCAUUUUAUUUAGUAAAAUAAUUAUAUUGUGUGGAAAAUUAAGUGACAAUAUAUAUAUGUAAUACAUUUUAUUAUUUUGAGUUAAGUUAUUAUUUUGUUCACAUAAACUAUGUCUUUGAAUAUGUGUUUGGCUACAUAAUUUGUCACCAAUUGAAAUUAAGAUAAAAAUAGUAAAAUAGACUAGACUGAACUUUUAUCCAUUUGCAAAACCCGAUUAUUUUACAUUUCUAUUUUAUAAUUGGUACAAAUUAAUGUAGAUAAGUAAAGAAACAAACUUUUACUGUUAUAAUAAUGUUCUAAUAAUGUAUUAUAUUAAAGUCUUUUAAAUUUUAAAGGAAAAUUUACAGCUCAGAAUCUGUUAACAUCAUGAUCCGUCCAUUGCUGUUUUUUUCUUACAGUUAAAACUAUUGUUUUAUCUUCAGUUGCUUUCUUUGGCUGGAAAAAUUUAACCUCUAACCAUAAACACUUAUAAUCUGCCAGCAAUCAGAAACUAAAUCAACUUCUUUCAUAUAUAAAUUGCGAAUGAAAUUCAAAAUAAUCAUAAUCAAAAACAAAAGAAACAUACAUAAAACAAAAUGGCAAGAUCUAUAUGUUUGUGUAUCUUCUUAUUAUUCAUUACUUGGAUUCCAAUUCUAUCCACAAGCUUUCCGCUCUCCACAAAAACUCGAUGGAUCGUGGACGAGAAAGGCCAAAGGGUAAAGCUAGCCUGUGUGAACUGGCCAGCUCAUCUCCAGCCCGCUGUGGCUGAAGGGCUAAGCAAACAACCAUUAGACUCCAUCUCCAAGAAGAUUGUUUCAAUGGGAUUUAACUGUGUUAGACUCACUUGGCCUCUUGAUUUGAUGACUAAUGACACAUUGGCUCGUAAAAUCACGGUCAAGCAGUCUUUUGAAAGCUUGAACUUGUUUGAUGAUGCUCUUGGGAUUCAAAUUCACAAUCCCAAAAUCCUUAAUCUUCCCAUAUUCAAUGCAUUCCAGGAAGUGGUAUCGAACCUUGGACAAAACGGAUUGAUGGUGAUACUAGACAACCACUUGACAUAUCCAGGCUGGUGUUGCAGCGACAACGACCUCGACGCUUUCUUCGGCUACCCUAACUUUGAUCCCGUCAUUUGGGCCAAGGGCUUGGGCAAAAUGGCUACUCUUUUCCGCAAUGUCACUAAUGUCAUUGGCAUGAGCCUUAGGAACGAGCCACGUGGUACUAGAGAUUACCCUGACCUAUGGUUUAGGUUCAUGCCAAAAGGAGCAGAAGCAGUGCACGCCGCAAACCCUGAAGUACUAGUUAUCCUCUCCGGCAUAGACUUCGACACAAACCUCUCUUUCCUCCGUGACCGCUUCUUCAACGUCAGCUUCACCGAUAAACUCGUCUUCGAGCAGCAUUGGUACAGCUUCUCCCACGAGGGAGGCGCGUGGGUAAAACACAACUCCAACGAUAUUUGCGCCAAAAUCAUCGGGGAGGUCAAUCAUAAUGGAGGAUUCUUGCUCGACAGAGGCUUUCCUUUGAUUUUGAGUGAGUUUGGGACCGACGAGAGAGGCGUUGACGUCAGCGGAAACCGGUAUAUGAAUUGUUUGGUGGCUUGGGCCGCUGAGAAGGAUUUGGAUUGGGCGGUUUGGGCAUUAACCGGAGAUUAUUAUUUGAGAACCGGUACAAAACAUAUGGUUGAGACUUAUGGUGUUUUGGAUGCUACUUGGAAAAACGUCAGAAACUCUACUUACUUGCAGAAACUCUCCGGAAUUCAACAUCCAUUUAGAGGACCCGGUUUACAAGAGAAAAAAAUUAUUUUGCACCCACAUACUGGCCUAUGUGUCACCAAUAACCACUCAGGCAAUGUACCCACACUUCGACUUGAACUAUGCACUAAAUCCGAGCCAUCGACCUUUAAUCCCAAGGAAGGCAUUCUCUGGAUCAAUAAAAUGUGCGUUGAAACUCCAGAUGUUGCUGGACAAAAGGUGAAGCUUGGAGUUGGCACUAAGUGCUCUAAGUUGGGACAAAUCUCAGCUACUAAGAUGCAUUUGUCGUUUAAGACAAGUAAUGGCUUGUUACUAUGUCUUGAUGUGGAUGAACGUGACAACAGCAUUGUCGCUAACCCUUGCAAGUGUUUGACUAAGGAUGCUUCGUGUGAUCCAGCGAGCCAGUGGUUCAAAGUUCUUUAAAUUCUAUAUAUUUUAUUCUGAUAAAAUGUAUUUGUAAUAAUUUUACGGUCAAACAUGCUAAUCAUUAAAAUUUAAUAAAAAAAUCGUGAUUGGACAGAAAUCAUAAGGAAACCAAAGAAAUCAAGUUAGCGUAUACUAUUACUAUUUAUGACGAUGGGAAAAAAUGUCAUCUCCAUCUGUACUACUGCUAUAAAACCUAAACUAGAGGUGGAUCCGCACAUAUAUUUUUUAUUUGUUUUCGUAAUGUAAUUAAAUCUAAUUAUAUAAAAAAUUGUUCGGUUCCCUCUUGCAGUGUCCACGUGGAAAGUCCAUCCCUAUAGGGUUGACACGUGUCUUGCUUCUCCCCAGACCGUGAUUUAUUUUCUCCUUUUUCUCUACUGUUUUGGGCUUCGGUAAACAGGCCCGUAAACAAGAGUGAAGAGGAACCCUAGAUCGCGUUUACAUCGUCGCCUCCGUCCUGUCUUUGCAUUUCCGGUAACGGUUCAGACGAAUCGGGUCGUUGCCACAGGGUUGGGUUAGAUCGGGAGGUCAUUAGAACAGGCGUGUCCUUGGCGAUGGUGCAGGAGACGGAGAAUGACGACCUUGAGCAGGACGUAAAGUUGAGAACUUUGGAGGGUGAUGAUCUCAAAUGGGUCAAUUGGGAAGAGGAAGAUGAUGAUGAAGAAGAUGGAGAAGCGGAGGUUUCGAAACGGAGAUUGAAUUUCAGCGAUCAAGUUCAGCAGACAUCAGCAGCAUAGAUGAUGGUGAGGUGGUACUGAACACAUAGACUGUCAUGGACCAAGUUUAAGCGUUAGUAGGGAUCAAAGCUGAAGAUAGGUUGCUUGACCGAUUGAAAUCUACUAAAACGACUUGAUUUUAGUGCAAUUGGAUUGAUACCACCAUGGAUACACACCUCUCUGAUCCGAUGGGAAAACAUCUCUGGUAUGCAAUGUAUCCCCAAGAUUUUAGUCCGCCUUUUAGUAAGCUCACUUGCCUUAAGAAUUCCCAGGUCUCUCUUAAACUUUUCUUCAGCAAGUGAUGAUAAGAGAACUCUUCUUCCCAAUGUUCUUGGGAAAUAAAACUCCUAGCCCUUCCUGUUCAGAUUACAUCUCCCUUUGAUGCCUUCCCUAGAUGCAGCUUAUGAUUAUCAGUGUUUCCAUAGACUUUUAUCUAGAUGAAUCUGAUUUAAGAGUUCUCUAAUCUCUGGAUACUUCUAUAAUCCCAAUGCUCCCUUGAAGUUUUGGUUUUGUACAGGUAAAGAGAGUUCUUCACAUUGUGGAGUUGGUGGUAAAAGGAAGCAUAGGCAUUUAAGUUGGAGGAAGGACCUGAAUGGAGAGAAGGAAAAUCAAAGAUUCUCUUUAAUGGCUGGACUGGUAAUGGAAAGAACAAGCGAGAUGGUGAUUCAGAGCCCUCAUCUGGUUCAGCUUCCUGUUAGAAUGUGGGAAAGUCACUAGGCAUAGAUUCACAGAGUUGUCAAGGUACCUUACGAAAAUGCAACUAAUUAUGCAGUAUACUUGGAAGGGUAUGUGAAAGAUCUAUACUAUACUAAAAGCAGCAUAUACUCCACUCUAAAGCUAUCCACAUCAGCAAAAAAAUUCAACCAAUUAAAUGUUUCUAUUUUGCCACGUUACAUCUUCUUUAUCGACAUGGAUCAAAUGUUUUGGUCUUCUAAAAUUUGGUUUCAGCCCAUUUAAAAACCAUGUUACACUUUCCGACAAAACCCACGCUUUCCCUUUUCAGUCAAUAGUCUCUUACGAUUCCUCUUCGUAGCCAUUGUUCUAUUCUUUCCGAAUCUCCGUUACUUGCAGUAACUAUCCACUCUAAAAUCAUUGCUUUUGCUCUUUACACCUUCUUACAAGAUGUAUCUUUCACCUCCUUUUGUUUUCCUCCUGUAUGAUCUAUUUCUCGAUUCUUAUUGUAUACCGUAAUCUACGAUUUUUUCAGUCGAAGAUCAAGCUGUAUCCAUGAGAUCUGCUAAGUCCUCCGGAAAGUUUUAUGUCGCUGUGUAUUUCACCAACAUCUCCUCGGGUACAGCGGAAUCUGAACUAGGCUUCCAGUUAAUCCGUUUCUGGGAGACGAUAAGCACAGCUAAAGGUGGUUUGCUUAUUGGCUUGGAGCUUCUCCUUACAGGCAAGCAGAAAUGGCUACGCACAACUCGAAAUCUACCGCAUCAAUAUUUUUCUCCCGUUCUUAGUGGUUUGUAAAUUUGUCGUUUCAUCGCUCCAAUGUCACAAAGAAACUUAAUAAUCAUCUGGAUGCCUGGAAAAAUUGACUUGAUCACAGCUGUUUUUUUUUAAAGAAGAUAACUGUUGCAGCUAUGUCCAAACCGCAGCUGCGAAUAGUGGAAUCUGAAGUUUGUGUCCUGGAAAGCCUCUGGCAGCUGAAACUGGGGUAAAAUUCUGUAUUCUUUUAUCUUUAACUUGGAUGGGAGGUAUUAUUUUGUUGUUCAAAGAGUUGAAUCCAAACAGCCUUUAGGAGAAGAAGCAAAAAUUUACCUGAGAAAAGUUAUACAAGAGCUUUAUGUGUAGGUUUUUUUCUUAAAUACGUAGGUGAAACUCUGAACACCUUGCUCCUGCAAAAAGUCGCAUUUGAAUAUGUAAGUUGUGUACGCCUUGGUCCUGUUUAGUCUUUGCAUGUUUAAGAAAUUCAAACUGGCUUGAAGUUGACUGUUUACAGUCUCUUUAACCGCUGUAGUUAGUGUGAAGGUUUGUUGCUGAGUUUAUUGCAUAGAUCCAUUUUCAUGUGUGGAUUGUUUCAACAAACCAUCAUUAAGACUCUGUCUUGGCUACCCGCAAAUAGAUUGAGAAUUCACUUACAAACUCAAAGGAACAGCAAUGCUCUCUAUUCAGAGAUCAUGUUGAGAGAUCCCAGAGCUUUUUACACAGAUUUCUAUCAUGCUCGCUGGAACUGGAAGCACUGCUCUUUUCACUGUGAUUUGUAGCUUUGCUUCAAGGCGUGUACCCUUUUGCGCAAACAAGUUCUUCAAGACUGUACUUGGUUUCAGUUUGGUCAUACUGCUUUGGGCUGUGGAUAGACUCGGGAGGUGAUUACUUAGCGCAUACUUCUUCCAUGGGAAGACAUUCUGAUGUUUGAUUGUGUUCUUGCGAUCAAUGAGCCUUACUUAAUCAGCAGCUCCUGCUGGUUGUGGCUUCUAAGUUGGCAACAAGAACAAGAGUAAUCUCAGAGGAAGCAAAAGCCACGACCAAGUACUUUAUAUUCUUAUAAGAAACAUCUUUGCUCCUAUGUAAACUAUAUAUGUUUCUCCAAUGACAUGAAGAAUAUAUAAAUUGGUUUUUGUUUGUGUGAUCAGGAACAAACAAAAAUUUUGAAUAUAAAGCAUGUUACAGAA